AUGAGGGGCUUGCUGGUGUCCCAUUCCAGAGGUCUCCUCCGAUUCUUCAGUUCCAGUACCAGAAACCUCUUUGAAAACAAAGUAGCGGAGAAACAGAAACUUUUUCAGGAAAACAAUGACCUCCCAGUCCACCUGAAGGGUGGGUCCAGAGAUAGAUUACUAUACAGCAUAACCAUGGCUAUGACUGUGGGAGGAACUGGCUAUACUCUCUUUUUCUUGGGCUGUGCCUCCUUUCCCCGAAAGAAUAAAGAAUAA